CGUUAGUCCAACAGCAGUGACGAAAGGCGGGUUCACAAUGGAAUGAUGGACGGUUUCGCUGGCGCCGGUUUGGCCGUCCUGCGACGCGAUGCGCGGGAGCCGUGCCAGCAGUGCCACAGCGAUGUCAACGCCAAGCUCUUAGUGCACUGUGCUGUUUGUGGGCUGCACCGCCACACCUACUGCUUUGAACCGGCGCUGCUGGCGAACCCGAGUUACCGCAACCCGCGUUGGUGCUGCACCACUUGCCACGCUCCAUCUGCAUCGACGCAUGCGCCAAAGCCAGCACUCUCGACGCUUGAAUACGCCAAGCGCCGGGCGCUGCCGCUACCCAAACCCGCUCGGCGCGUAGCUCCGGCAUUAGCGCCUCGGGACGACGACCGUAGCGAUCGCCGGCGCGCGUCGGGCAAGUUUCGGCGCGUUGCGUGGGCGAUGCUCCACUACCGGCGCCAACACCCGCCGCGCAAGGCAGUUGUGCUGGGAUCCAUCGCGAGCCGCGUCCGAGCGACCGUCAUGCACGAGCUCACGCCCGAGGAGGAGGCUCGGCUCGGCGACUGGCACCUGAAAUACCAAGACGCGCCCGAGAACGACGACGAAUGGUACUUGCCCAAGAAGCCUCCUUCCGUGUCCGUCGAAGCUAGUGACGUGCCCGCAUCACCCGUGCCAGACCCGACUGUCGUGCCCGAAGAGCCCGUGAAUCCAGCGGCCUUGAUCGUGCAGGCGCAGCUGCAGCUUCAGACAGCAACGAACGAAGCCACAAAGCGCCGAAAGCAGCAACGACACGUGGAGCUCAUUCGCGCGAGUCGUGAGAGCCAAGCCGCGCGCCGGCUACAGCGCUGGUACCGGCGAUGUCUCCAAGCCCGCGCCGACCUCCAGUCACAAACCCUGGCGGCCACGGUGAUCAACCACUUUCUUCGCUCGGUCCUCGACAGGUGGCACCACCGCCAGUCCAAAGAAGCUUCGGCGGCUCGCCUGCUUCAAUCCCAGCGCGCCCACGACGCCAAAGUCGCUUUGCUCCACACCAAGCGAGUGGCCAAGGCCCGGGCGCGCAUCGGCGUCUUCCUCGUCGACGACGUCCUACCGUACAUCAGUCUCCGGGUCCACGGCGCCAUUUGUAUACAGGCGCAAUGGCGCAUGCACGUGUGCCGUCGCCGGUACUUGCAAAACCCGCGGCAAGUCAGCGCCCGCCGGCUCCAGCGCGCAUGGCGUCGGUACCGAGCGCGCUGCCGACGGCUGGCACAGGCCAGCACCGUCCUCUCUCGCUUUGCCCAGCGCUGGCGCGUGCGUCGGCUCCUUCGCCGCGAGAAGAGCCGCCUCGCUCUGCUCACGGCGGUGCGCGCUCUGAACGCGAUCGAGUUUGACCCGGCGACGGCGACACCCGCGCAGCUUUUUCUCGAUCUCGGAACGUACUGGCACAGUCGCGGCGAGCUCUGGACCGCCGCGCUCUGCUUUGAGCGCGGCAUGCGCCACGGCGGGCAACCAAGCGCCAAAGUGCUCCUCGCGAUGGGCGAGAGCCACCACACAGCGUGGCACGUCGCUUGCGAUGAGUUGAGUUUGCAAAAGGCCUACACCAGCUACAAGGCCGGGCUCGCGCGCGAUACGAGCAUCAAGGACCCGCACAUCCUCUUUGACUUUGCGCUCGUGCUCAUCGAAAGCCGCGAGUAUGCCCCGGGCCUCGACUUGCUCCAGCACCUCCUUAGUUUGUACCCAACGUUCGACCAGAUCCCACUGGUGCUGCUCUGGACAGGCGUGGUACUGCUGCAUCUUCGCCGGUGCUCGGAGAGCUUGCGCCGCUUCACAUUGCUCAUGGACGCGCCGCCCGUCGCGUACUCUGCCGCAGACAUGACGCUCCUCUGCGCGCUCUGCUACCAUGGCUUGGGCAACGCAGCCGACUGCAAGCAAGGCUUGGUGACGGCCAUGUCGCUGCUCAAGGCCACCCGCCGGAAAACGACGACCAACGAAGCGCUCUUCGAUUUGGGCAAGCGGUCGCUCCAGGCGCGGCAGUACCUCUUGGCCUACAACGUGCUCUUCUUUGGCCUCCGCCGCGCCAAGCACUCGACCAGCGACGCGUGGGUCUGUUUCAGCGACACGCUCCGACACCUCGGCCAGCUCGACGAGAGCAAGCAAGCGCUUGAUGCAGCGCUGGCCCUGAACAGCACGAGCUCGCGGGCGCUCACAGCCGUGGCCCAGUGGCCGCCGCCGCUGCAUGCGUUCGUGGCGGCGGUGACGUCGAAGACAGAUGCUGCGUAUCUGCAGAGCCUCGUUGGCGACGCGCGACAACCGAGCUAAGCUGAUAUCCUUCUUUGGUCCCAGCGCAGAGACCUGUCGCGAAUCUUGGCAAGGGACACGGAGAUGGCACGGAGCUGCGCAUGACACCGGCGGGUCACGCUGGCCGAUGACAGGCGUUGUGGAUUGGCCAGCUAACCGAGAUAGCGCGCUGGGAUUGGCUCAUUA